AUGGUCACCAUCUCUGGUACCCGUCCUCAGGUGCCGUUGGUCAUUGCGGUGGGCGCCAUUCACGCUCAGCUCGGCUUCAUCCGGAUGGAUUUCUCCAUUCGGGCGUUCCAGUCGGCGGAUUUCCUCAUCCUUUGCCGGGACAUGGUGGUCUGCAAUCACCUCGUCGUCGCGGGACAGGUCGCCUCGCCGCUUUGCAUACUCAACCUUGCGCCGUGCGCCCUGCGGCGGUGUAGGAGUUGGGUUGGCAAUGCUACUGCUGAUGCUCCACCGUUGGAGGCCGCUGCUGCGGGCAUCCCUGCUGGUAUGGGUUCGCCCGCGCUGCCGCUGGUGCCGGUGGUCGCCGUUGUUGGCUCCGACGUGUACAUAGACGGUAUUGAUGAUGCCCCGAGGAAGUUGCUUGAUCUUCUGCUUCGGUUAGAGUACGAUCGUAAAGCUAAAUCAUUCUUCCUGGCUGGCUGGUUCGGCGAGGGUGUUGGAGCUUCUGCUGUUCUUAGAGCCACUGUCGAACUCCUGAAAUCCGGAAGAAGUCAUCCUGACACGACACAACAUUUUGGAAAAGUUAUUCAUGUCGACUACUCUCUAUGUAAAAACAGAAGAGAUAUGCAGAGGGCAAUCGCGAAGGAGCUAAACCUUGGUCAUUUAAUGCCGAUCUUUGAUAACCAGGAUGAGGAGGAUGAUUUUGAAGGGAUAGCCGUCAGCUCUAGGAAAGAGAUAGAGAGCAUCGGAAGUGAGAUAUAUGCAAUUACUAUACAUCCUGAUAAUGUCAAUACCGAGCAAUUACUAAAUCAUUUAUUGAAAAAAGAAGCUGCUGAAGUGAUUGAUUACACCGGCAUAGACAACAUCAACCCAUCAAUAGUUUUGGAUUGCUUCUUGUACUCACUCUUCCUAGUAGAGAAAGGAGGACGUAACCGUAGCAAUAUUGACUAUGAAUGGGAUACUCAUGCUUGCAACUACUGGAUAUGUGAUGGCAUCCUUCAUGGGGACAAAGCAUGCGAUGUUGGCAGUGCAUUGCAUAGUGUGAUACAAAUGGUGCCCAAUCUAGCCGCAAUAACAUUCCAAAUGUCAGUCUUUCAUCCACACACAGAACGAUAUAAACAGUGGAUUUCAGUCUCCUCCAAUGAACAAAUAUCACAAGAUGCAUCAUCCUAUUUCCUAUCAUUUGAGGGAGACGGUCAACCACAACUGAAAAAUGAUAUUUUUCAGCUAGCCAACAACCUCCGUGUGCUGAAACUCUGCAAGAGCAACUUUGAUUUUACAUCCCCUCCUUUUCGAUGCUGCCAUAACCUAAGAUUCCUUUGGCUUGAUCAUUGCACAAACACAGGGGAGGAUCAAGGUGGCGGGCCAUUUUUCCCGAACAUGUUGGUGCUUGAUAUUCGCUUCACCGAUUUUCCAUUGUUACCAGAGACGAUAGAGGUGAUGAUCAAUCUGAGGGAGGUAAAUACCAAGGGUGUCUCAUGGAGGACGCUCAAUUAUGCAUGGAAAAAGCUGCAAAACCUUCACAAGCUUAGGGUAACUGAAUCCUCAGAUGUGAUAAAUGUGGACAACUGCUCUUCCAUAGAUAUGAUGAAUCUGGAACUUCUUGACUUGUCAGGUAACAUUCAUAUGGAGUCAUUGCCUACAAUGUCAUCAGCGGGAAACCUGAAGAUGCUUGUUCUUGAUGGUUGUUCUAGCUUGGAGCAUGUUGCACUAGAAGGAGCCCCUCCACUGCUCGAGAGUUUUAGCUUCGAUGGUUAUGGUCCAGCAAAGAGGUGGACACACCCCAUACAACUACCGAAAGUGGAGUUGCGGCCCAAGUCUCGAACUCAUCUAGUUCAAGAAGCCAAAGUGAGAAGGAUUUCUCUAAAGGGUUGCACUCGAUUGCGCAACAUUUUCUUGCGUGCCUUGCCCAAUCUUGAGGAGGUGGACCUCUCUAACACAGCCGUUCGAGAACUUGAUCUCGGUAAAAUGGAUGUUCCUGAAAUAAAGAAGCUAUUCCUACUUGGUUGUGCGAUUAGCCUCAGGGACUGCUGGGCCUUGAGACGGCUACCAGCUGUGUCGCGCCAAGGCCCCAAGGUGGUGGUGGAUUGUGAGAAAGACUGGUGGGACAUGCUUGAGUGGGACGACUCCGAUGCCAACCACGAUCCAUCGCUCUUCGAGACACGCCACCCGGCUCACUACAAGAAGACCCUCCCGAGGGUCUCCGUUCUAAGGUAAUCUGGAUCAUGCAAAGGGAGGUGGAUA